GGGUGCUGCCCCCUCCCCAUCCCGCUGACACCUCUCCCUGCACCCAUCUUGCAGGUGAUGUUACUUGGAGACUCGGGCGUGGGGAAAACCUGCUUCCUGCUCCAGUUCAAAGACGGAGCCUUUCUCUCCGGGACGUUCAUAGCCACCGUGGGCAUAGAUUUCCGGAACAAAGUGGUGCUCGUGGAUGGUGUGAAAGUGAAGUUGCAGAUAUGGGACACAGCAGGACAGGAGCGAUUCCGCAGCGUCACCCAUGCCUACUACAGGGAUGCCCAAGCCCUGCUCCUGCUCUAUGAUAUCACCAGCAAGAUGUCCUUCGACAACAUCCGUGCCUGGCUGACAGAGAUCCAUGAGUACGCCCAGAAGGAUGUAGUCAUAAUGCUGCUGGGCAAUAAGGCUGAUGUGAGCAGCGAGAGGGCUGUGAGGACAGAGGAUGGAGCAUCGCUGGCCAGGGAGUACGGGGUGCCUUUCAUGGAGACAAGCGCCAAGACAGGCAUGAACGUGGAACUGGCCUUCCUGGCUAUUGCCAAGUGAGUACUUGGGCAGCGUGCGAUGCAGCCACUGGAUGAGCCACACUUCCAGAUCCACGACUACAUCGAGUCACAGAAGAAGAAAUCCAGCUGCUGUGCCUUCUCCUGA